GCGCGGCCAGUGCCGGUCGCGCCGGUAGCCACGCGGCACGCGUGCUCCCCUCGCGGAUCGAUACCACGCCUCGUCUGCGGCUCUGUGCCGCACGCAUCGCGACUCGCGCACCCACUGCCACCCGAGUCCGUGCUAAACAUAGCUGAGGUGCACCGCUGCACCGCCUCAUAUAACAUAGUUCGUGUCGCACGUGCCCCCGUCGGUGCCAACAAUCCGAUCGUUCACACCAUCACCAAUUUUAAUUAAAUUGAUUAGUGAUUCAUCUUACGUAAGAUCACCAACAUAUUACGCGUGUCUGAGUGAUUUGUUGCAUUACUAGUGCAUAAUUUAGCACCGAAUAGGAUUGGAUGAGAAGUCUGUCUGGUAUCGAUUGAGGGUGGUCCGGGAGACGAAUUUGCGUCGCCGCCGCGUCGCGGCGCCGCUUCACGCAACAGCUGUGAGAGAUCUGUUAUCUUGACCGUGUUACGUCAAAUUAAAUAUUGAUGCUGCUUAAGUGUAAAAUGAUUCCUCGGUUCAGUUCACGAAUAGUCUUCUGUAGGAGAUCAUUAAGAAAUUCGAAUUGAUUUAUUAUUAGUGAAAAAUUGAGUCGUGAAUUUUUAAACGAAGGGGUGAAAUCGUACGUGAAGGGGGCAGAGCCGAUGGUCGCGGCUCAGGCGCGUCACGGAGGAGGGCUGUUCAGGCGCGGGCGCGGGGUGCGCGGGCAGCUCGCGCGCCUCGCCGCCGCUUGGCUUCGAUCGCGAACUCUUUCGCGAAUUAAGCUUUCUUCCCGACGCGGAACUGCAGGAGUGCCUCGGCGAAUACCCUGACUUCCUGUACCACCUCGCUCGGGACAGAUUCGGCAGGCUCUACUUUCGCGUCAUCCGGACAUUGCUCCUGGAUAGAGUUCUAUGCAGCAACAGGGUGAGCCAAAUGACAAAAACCUACAAUGACAUCGAAGCGGUAACAAGGCUCUUGGAAGAGAAAGAGAAGGAUUUGGAGUUGACUGCACGAAUUGGCAAAGAGUUGUUGACGGCCAAUGGUCGACUGGAAGCUCGUGUCACAGCGCUCGAAGGGGAACUGCGCAGCGCCCGCGACCACAUCACCCAGUUGAGGCACGACCUCAACGCAAAGACAGAUCUCUUGCAGGUGUUGACAAAUGACACUGAAGAGGGCACAUCCCCGACGGAGCAAGAGUCGCCAACCGCGGCGGCGCUGCGCAAGCGCACCGGCGCGCUGGAGCGCGAGAACCGAGCGUUGCGAGAGGAGGCCGCGCGGCUCGCCGCCGGCGCCGAUAGUGCUGAGCUGGCCGAGCAGCAGCUGCUGCGUGACAUCGCACAACAACUUGCGAGUGCUAAUUCCGAGGCUAAUAUUUUGGGAGAUGAACUGUCGGAGGAGAGACAACGAAGUGCAGAUCUUCAGCACCAACUCAACAGCGCCAACUCGAGGCUCACGGUCACAGAGCGAAACUUCCAGCAGCUAACCGCCGAGCACGAACAUACGAUACGGAUCUUAGAGAUAACUAGAGAAAACCAAAAUGCGCUUGCGGCCGAGUUGGCAGACACAAAGGAGCGAUAUGCGGAAGUGGCGGCACACUUGGCCGAGGCGCAGGAGCAGCUUCGCCAGCUGCGCAAGCGCGGCGAGCCCGGAGCCAACGUGCGCGGGCUCAUGCCCAGCGUGGCGGCGGCCGCGGGGCUGCUGCCCGCCAGCCUGCACCGGGAAAUGCACUCCUCCGUGUUCUCCGAGCUCAGCCUCGACUCCGGCAUCGGCGACCCGCUGGCUCAGUCAAGUAUGCAGAAAGUGUUUGAAACGGUGCAGUGCGCGUCACGAUGGUCGGGCGCGUCGCUAACUGGCUCGGACACCGUGGACGUGCCAUCCGGCGGCGCAUAUCUCAAGCCUCCUCGCAAACCGGCCAGUGAUUCCUUCCUAGACGAUGUCUCAGAUACAGACUCUGAUGACCUGUAUCCUGGUGGGUGCGGCGUGGGAGUGCCGGGGGCGCCGGGCGCGGCGGAGCUGGCGGCCGCGCUGCGUCGCCUCACGCCGCAGGAGAUCAACUCACGGCGCGCCUCGCUCGCCGCCUCGCAUGUGCUGCGACAUCGCCGGUACACCGAUCGCGACGCGAGCGAGGAGAGCGCGGUGUGGGGCGCGGGCGCGGCGGGUGGGUUGGCGCGGCUGCGGGCGCCGCACAAGCUGCAGAUCGUGAAGCCGCUCGAGGGCUCCCUCACACUGCACACCUGGGCGCAGCUGGCUAAGCCCACCAUGUCAGGCCUCCUAGAUCAGCAAGAGGGCGUGGGCGUGCGCGGGGCGCGGAGUGCGGCGGGGGGCGCGCGCGUGUAUCGGCUGUCGGACGUGGAGGAGGACGACGACAUGCCGCGGAUGCCGCACUCCAGCCACAUCUAUACUUAUACUAAUAGCACGGUCCUCCACCCGAACGACGGCAGCCUGUCGAGCACGACGGUGAGCAGCGUGUGCAGCAGCGGGCUGAGCAGCCUCGCUUCCAGCGUGCUGGGCACGGCGUGGAGCUCGCGCCGGACCUCGCGCCGCUCGUCCGCCGCCGUGUCGCCCGUGCUGUCGCGUCGCGACUCCUUCUGCACGCCCCCCUCCCGACCGCACUUCACCCCCACCGCCACCCCCGCCAACAGUCCCUUGUUAGGUUCCCCGGAGCCGUCGCCGCCGGGCACGCCGCGCGCGGGCGAGACGCCGUCGCUGCACGCGCUGAUCGCGAGCGGCACUUCCAUACUGCGGCGCCGCUACCUCGCCUCGCCCGCCGCCGACGGCGCCGCCGCGCCCAUCGCUCUGCAGACGCCCGGCUCGCUCUACACAGGUCUGAUGCACCGCAGCCCCAUGGAGCAGCUGACGUGCCUGAAGCGCACACUGCGGUCGCCGGCGGCGGCCGAGCGCGACGCGGAGCCCCCGCUGGGGGUGCCCGCGCAGCCCGGCCAGGGCGCCCUGGACGCCCCCGCGGCCGGACGCCGCCCCCGCGCGCGCGCCCCGCGCCCCCGCGCCGACCUCGGCACUGUGGAGCCGGGCGCCCCGCCCCCCGCCGCCCCGACGCACUCCUCUCCCCUCGGAACGCUCAGCCUUCUUUUCGGACGGAAAGGCGGCCUCCUCUAAGGAAACCUCGUCAAGCGAGGAUCUCCUCGAGCGGUUUAUUGUAAUGUCGAUUAGCGCGGGGCGCUAUGUUCCUUUCGCUCCCUGUGAUUCGGUGGCGGACGCCACUCCUUGAGAUAUUUUUUUUCGGUGACCGAUGAGCGUCUGCUGAGUGAUUUUUUACGUUUUGAUUGCGAUUAAUCGAUUUUAUUGUCUUUUGACUUGUAUUUUUUGUAGAUUUUUUUUUUGUAGAGAAUUGCCAUGUGCAUUUAUGUGACUGACCGCGGGAUAGAACCAUCUGUAGCGAUCGCUAUAUUAGCGUGUCCUUUUACUAAAGGAAUAUAGCCCGGCUCACUGCAGGCAUUUUCUUUUCUCUGUUAACAUUCCUUUUGAAGAGCUCAAUUUUUCCUUAUCGCUCGUGCAUGUACAGAGAACCGUCAAGAGGACCAAACGUGCACUGUAUAAAUUGUGAUUAUAACUUACAUUAUAUUGUAAUCGAAAAGAGUCACAAUAUCUCAACUCUGAAAUCUGAAUUUUAUGUGUAUUUUUUUUAUGAUUGCAAAUGUCCCGUCGUUGAACAGUCUGUAGUAUUAUUUUUAAGGGUUGUAAUAUUUUAUUUAUAGGUAGAUCAAAAGUGAGACUUAACACUUUCAUAGUUAUGUAGCCUGCUUUGAAGAUUAAUAAUUUACAAUGAAAGGUCAUCGCAAUAAAUGUCACGCUUCUUAUUAUAUAGCGAUGAUGUAAAUCGUGUAUCAUUGUAAAUAUCAGUAAAUGUUCCAUUAAUUUAGAAGAGUACAAAUUAUUUAUGUAAUCAUUAAAUAUCCUGUAACGAAUAGUAGUAAACAUGGUCACUGAGAAUUAAUUUAAUAUUUGAAUAGUGAAUUGUCCGACAUUGGCUAUUUGUAUAAUUUAUACUGAUGACGUUUUCAAUUAUAUGAUGUAAAUAUAAUCUGCGAUGAGAGAUCUCGUCCAAGAAUUGUUUUUGGUAAAAUUUGUUACUAAUUUUAGGUCUGAUAAAAAUAAUACUGGUGCAUGCCGUAGCAUAAGUAGUAAUGAACGAUUGAAGUGAAAUUAAAUCGAAAUAUCGAUUUUUAUUGAAAUAAAGUUCGGUCGCAACUGUCUCCCAUAUACCUGAACAUCAUAGUUUAAUUCCAACGUUAGGUUAUUCAAAUUGGUGCUAGAUAGUUGUUAUGCCAGUGAAGUUAAGGUCAGCGAUAAACGGCGGAUAUUGUAUUAAUAUAGUGUGUUAGAUUGAGGGCUCCUCCAACCGUGCAUCUAUUAAAAUUUAAUUAUUUUAAAAUGCUGAUUGGUCAAUAAUAGACAAUGUUAUAUGAAACGAUAUGUUUCUAGUGCUUUACAAAUUUUACAAGGAAAUUCAAGUAUAAACUGUAGUAAAAUGAAAAUUGGAAUAUCUGUCGUUUGCAACUGGCCUCGUUACUAUGAUUGAGUUAUAAUUGAAUGCAUACUAAAUAUACUAGUUUUUGAUCUUAUAGUAAAGUGCUUAAUAACAAUAAUAGUCAUAUUUUAGUACGAUAUUAAUUAUUUCCUAUGUCCCGUUUUCGAACGGAGAUUUUUGCUGCUUCUAGAUGAAAUUAAAUUUUAGUUUUGCCAUGUGGAGAGAAAUUAUUUUGGUUAUUGCUAGGCUGUGAGGUGAUGUUGCAUGAUAAGGUUGCCAGAUGUUAAAAUCUACUUAUGGUCAGGUAGGCACAAUCUGUAUAGAAUAAGGGCAACUUGUUGAGAUUUGACGACAAAAUGGUAAUGAUUGUAAAUCAAAAUAUAAUUUAUUCAAUCAUGA